GUCUGCUCCACCCAUGGAUGUAAGGACACGUUAUGCACUGGGAAUUGUCACCCUGUUCCCUUGUUUAAAAGAUCCAUACUCUGAAAAAGGAUAUGAACACUUUUAUGAUUCCAAAAGUAAUGAAGGCUACAUCGCUUGGAAAUUAAAAAACAUGCAGCGCGAACUCAGCAGUGGCAGUAGGAGGAGCAGUGGCACCAGUAGGGAUCCAUCAAGCAAGAGAGGACCACAGUUUGCAAGGACUGUGACUGCAGAGCAUCAGCUGGAGGGUGACCAGUGCAGAGAGGCCAUUUCCCUUCUGAGGCACAGCACCGAUGAAAGGCAGAUCUUCUUGAAAAUGGAACAAACAUUUCAGCACAGGCAAACACUGAUUCAUGACUCUGAGAAGUGUGAGACCCUUCUCAGCGUGUUCCCAAGGUUCCUCGAUACAAAAGGCCUGGUGCUACAGGAUUUCCAAAUGAUGUUUGGAGAAGAAAUCUAAUCAAAACUGAUGGAAAAGUGGGGAACCUCUUUGAAGCAGAAAAUCAUCAAAGAAGCCAACAAUCUCACUAAGACCCCGAUGCUGGAGUCUCUCCUUCUGACUGCAGAGGAGAACCUUGAGGAGUAUGAAGCAG